AUGGCGAAAGUAACGAUUCUUGGUGCUGGCAUCACCGGUAUGGCCAUCGCCAGCCAAUUGCCCAAAAACUACGAUGUCACUAUUGUUGCCCGAAAUAUCCCCGGCGACCCUGAAUCUACGGAAUGGGCAAGCCCGUGGGCUGGUGCUGUGUUCAUGGGAAUGGACAAUUCCAACGAAAGAGAACAAAAAAUGCAGCUCGAUGCCUUCUGGGUCUGGUGGAAGCUGGCACUCAGCCAUCCUGAGUCUAGUGUACGACAGGUAGAGAUGCAAGACCUUAUUGACUCCUCGAAUCUUGAAAAAGUGUGGUAUCGGAACAAAUUGCCCGAUUUUCGAGUGAUGUCAAAAGACGAACUACCUGCUGACGCAUCAUUCGGGAUGUCGUACAAAUCCAUCAUUCUGAUACCGCCGGUCUUCUUGUGCUGGCUUAAAAAUCGCCUAGAGGCGUCGGGUGUUAAAUUUCAACGUCGGACGGUCAAUUCGCUCGCCGAACUGCAAGGGAUGGGCCAUGAUAUCUUGAUCAAUGCCACCGGCAUAGGGCCACGUUAUCUGACUGACGUUGUGGAUGAUAAGGUUCAGGAGGUCAGAGGUCAGACAGUUCUAGUGAAAUCAAAAUUCAACAAGAUUUGGAUUCGCCGCGGCAAGGACUAUACGUAUGCUCUCGGCCGUCCGGAUGGUACAACAAUCCUCGGUGGCAUAAAGCAGUUUGGUAGCACAGUUACCAAUGUCGAUGAUGAACUCCGCUCAGAUGUGAGUACUUCGCCCAGUGUCAUGGGAGCAAUAACGAGAUUGAUGCUUAUUGAAAUCUAG